UGGGCCCCGAUCUUCCCAUCCCCAAUUUCAAAUUUCGAAUUGCCGGAUCUCAUUUGCUUCCUUCCAAAUUGUUCAUUUGACGUAACAUAACAAUUCAUAUUCCUCUCGCUUUCUCCGCAUCAAUUCUUAGGAAGAACGCUCUGCUGUAAAAUUUCUCUUCAUUUCGUUCGAGUUUUUACAUUUUAGCAAUGGGCGCUUCGCAGAGUAGAGAAGGUCUCGAACUCUCCGACUCCGAGUCGGAGUACGACGACGAUGAUAAGGGGGAAGAAGAAAGCGAAGACCAAUACGAAGACGCUGCUGCAGGGGAUCGAACUCCGACUAAGACCUCAUCGUCCCGCAGCGGAUCAAUAACACUAGACGAAGUUGAUUCGAGGCUUAAGUCCCUGAAACUCAGGUAUCCAGCUUCAGCCCCUUCCCCGGUUUCUGAAAACGCCGUAAAGCUUUACCUCCACAUCGGAGGAAACACGCCCAAAGCCAAAUGGGUAGUCUCUGAUAAGCUUACUUUCUAUAAGUUUAUUAAGACAUCGAAAAUUGACAAGAGUGGUGGUGACCAUGAGGAGGAUUGGGAGGAGGAAUCUGAGGGUGAGGGGUUUUGGGUUUUGAAGGUGGGGAAGAAAGUGAGGGCUAGGGUUUCUACCGAUAUGCAAUUGAAGUUUUUCGGCGAGCAGAGGAGGGUUGAUUUUGUGGAUCAUGGGGUUUGGGCUUUGAAAUUUUUGGCUGAUGAGGAGUAUAGAGCUUUUGUCACUAAGUUUCAGGACUGCCUGUUUGAAAAUGUGUAUGGAUUGAGGGCGACGGAAGACAAUAAACUGAAGGUGUAUGGAAAGGAGUUCAUUGGGUGGGUUAAGCCAGAAGAAUCGGACGAUGCAAUGUGGGAGGCUGCUGAUGAGGGCGUCUGGAAGAGUCCAAAGGACAGCCCUGCAGUGGUUAGGGAGAGUCAGGACUUGCUGGAGGAAUUUGAGGAGGCUGCUUCCGAUGGUGGGAUACAGAGCUUGUCCUUGGGGGCUCUUGAUAAUAGUUUUCUGGUGGGUGAUUCGGGUGUUCAGGUGGUUAAGAAUUUUAGCCAUGGGAUUCAUGGUAAAGGUGUUUAUGUCAAGUUUGAUAACGGUGGAAAGAGGGGGAGUUCGAGUAUGGGGCAUUCAACUCCUAAAAAAUCACUUUUAAUGAGAGGUGAGACAAAUAUGUUGCUCAUGAGUCCCUUGAAGGAUGGGAAGCCUCGUUCGACCGGGCUUCAUCAAUUGGAUAUUGAGACUGGAAAAAUUGUUACAGAGUGGAAGUUUGCAAAGGAUGGUGCUGAUAUUACCAUGAGGGACAUUACUAAUGAUACAAAAGGCUCACAGUUGGAUCCUUCUGAGUCAACAUUCUUGGGAUUGGACGAUAAUAGGUUGUGUCAAUGGGAUAUGCGUGAUAGGAGGGGGAUGGUUCAGAACAUAGCCAGUGCUGAUUCACCCGUCUUGAAUUGGUCUCAGGGGCAUCAGUUUUCUAGAGGGACAAACUUUCAGUGCUUUGCAACUGCUGGUGAUGGUUCAAUUGUAGUUGGUUCACUUGAUGGGAAGAUUCGUUUAUAUUCUAGAACAUCAAUGAGGCAGGCGAAGACUGCCUUUCCUGGGCUUGGUUCACCUAUAACCCAUGUUGAUGUUACUUAUGAUGGAAAGUGGAUAUUGGGCACAACUGAUACCUAUUUGAUUUUGAUAUGCACUUUGUUUACGGAUAAGGAUGGCAAGACCAAAACAGCUUUUAGUGGUCGAGCUGGAAAUAAAAUCCCUGCGCCAAGAUUAUUGAAGCUGACUCCUGUGGAUUCGCAUAUGGCUGGAGCAGAUAAUAAGUUUCAUGGUGGCCAUUUCUCAUGGGUUACUGAAAGUGGCAAGCAGGAACGCCAUUUGGUUGCUACAGUUGGAAAAUUCAGUGUCAUAUGGAAUUUCCAGCAGGUGAAGAAUAGUGCACAUCACUGCUACCAGAAUCAGCAAGGGCUUAAGAGCUGUUACUGCUACAAGAUAGUACUGAAGGAUGAAUCCAUUGUCGAAAGCCGAUUUAUGCAUGACAAAUUUGCUGUUAGCAACUCUCCAGAGGCUCCACUUGUCGUGGCAACUCCAAUGAAGGUUACUUCCUUCAGCAUGUCUGGCAAGCGGUGACCUCAUGGAUUUGGAGAGUCCUGUGUAAAUGAAGAUCUGCUAGCUCAAUUUCUGUUUAUUCUUGUAACACUCUGAUUUUUUUAGUGCGUUAUUUUUAUUUGAAGUCACCGUUUUUUUUCUUCCUCGUGUAGAGGUUUUUCCUUUUUUUUUCCUCUUGUGAAUAUUAGUGGCAGGUGAAACUUUUUGGCUAUGUUGCCAUUGUAGUGCUUUGAAGCCAGGUUAAUUACCUGUUUAUUUUUUAUUUUUAAGCAAUGCUUGUCUUCGGUGCAAGUCUUUAAGGCACUAGUUAUGGAAGUGGAAUGAAAAUUUUAAACACCAGGUUAUUGA